UCCUUUCAGUUAAAGUCUGGCUCUUCCAAGUUUAGCAGUGCAUUACCUGAAGUUACAAAACAAUGAAGAAUUAAGAGUUCCAUAUGUGCCCAUUACAUGGGUAUGGAAUGGGUUAUCUGAAGGUGUGCUGCUGGUGGUUCUGCUGGUAUCAAACAUGUUCCUGCCAAAGAAAGGUGUGACCUCAUUGCCAAUCUGUCCCAGUGGGUCUGUUGGUUGUCAGGUCUCCCUUGGGAAUCUUUUUGACCGUGCAGUUAAACUCUCACACUACAUCCACUCCCUCUCCUCAGAAAUGUUCAACGAAUUUGAUGAGCGCUAUGCUCAAGGCCGUGGGUUUAUUACAAAGGCCAUUAAUGGCUGCCACACUUCCUCCCUAACCACUCCUGAAGACAAAGAACAAGCUCAGCAGAUUCACCAUGAAGACCUACUGAAUUUAGUGCUGGGAGUACUGCGCUCCUGGAAUGAUCCCCUGCUCCACCUGGUCUCUGAAGUGCAAAGUAUCAAAGAAGCUCCAGAUACCAUUCUCUGGAAGGCUGUGGAGAUUGAGGAACAGAACAAGCGUCUUCUAGAAGGAAUGGAGAAAAUAGUUGGACAGGUUCAUCCUGGUGAAAUAGAAAAUGAAGUCUACUCCAGGUGGUCAGGUCUCCCAUCCCUGCAAAUGUCAGAUGAGGACUCCCGUCUCUUUGCCUUUUACAGUCUGCUACACUGCCUGCGUAGGGAUUCCCACAAAAUUGACAACUACCUGAAGCUGUUAAAAUGUCGCCUUAUCCAUGAUAGCAACUGUUAAGUAUUCACUAGGCCCAUCCCUCACUGAAAUGAUAUCACUAAAUCGUCCAAGGGGGCCUUCUUGUUGCUUUGUCAUUUUUUGUUGCAAACUUUCUGAGAAAUUACAUUGUGCUGUAUAAAGACCACCAAUAACGUUUAUGCAUGUUUACAUGGUUUCUGGCUGCAGCCAAUAAUGUUGUUUAUCUCAAUGUUUAAAAACUUUUAUCAUAAAUCCCUUGUACUGUA